AUGAUCCCUGUUCAGUCCUUCACAGGUGGGGUUGCUGGUCACAGGUGGGGCUGCUGGUCACAGGUGGGGCUGCUGGUCAUAGGUGGGGCUGCUGGUCACAGGUGGGGCUGCUGGUCACAGGUGGGGCUGCUGGUCACAGGUGGGGCUGCUGGUCCUGGUGCCUGGUGCUGGCGUGACGGCGCUGGUGCUGGUGCCUGGUGCUGGCGGCUGGCGCUGGUGCUGGUGCCUGGUGCUGGCGUUGGCGCUGGUGCUGGUGCCUGGUGCUGGCGGCUGGCGCUGGUGCUAGUGCCUGGUGCAGGUGCUGGUGCCUGCGUUCCGCCGCCAAUCCCUUCCCCUCCUCCCUCUCCUACCCACAGCGACCGCCGCUGCACACGCGAACAGUCGCGACGGGGGGGGGUGACGGGCAGGGGGCCGGGGGAAUGCGAUGGGCGGAGCGAGGCGACGGGAGGGAAGAAAACGGGACGGGGGGGGAAGGGCCGCGACGACCGCCACGGACGCCGUCCCCUUCAUUCCCGAUGCCCCCCCCCCCCCCCCCCCCCCCCCUUCCCCACUCUCGCGCAAACUCGGCAGCAGGCGUAG